ACCCUCCCCCCUUGUAGGUGUGGAGCUCACGCUGAAGAUGCCACGCUCCUUCCUGGUGAAGAGCAAGAAGGCUCACACCUACCACCAGCCCCGUGUGCAGGAGGAUGAGCCUGUCUGGCCUCCUGCCCUUAGCCCCGUGGCCAGGGACCAGGUCCUGAGCAACGACCCUGUCCUCAGCACCCUGUUCCCAAACCAGUGCCUGGACUGGACCAGCCUCAAACGGGAGCCGGGGCUGGAGCUGGACCCGAGCCUGACCAGGACGGUCUCUGCGCCAGAGGGCCCCACCGUGCUGUCUCGACCCCAGGACGGGGACUUGCCACCCUCCGACUCACCCCCGUUCUACAAGCCCAGCUUCUCCUGGGACGCCCUGGCCUCGUCCUACGGCCACAGCUACCGGCAGGCCCCCUCCACCAUGCAGUCCGCCUUCCUGGAGCGCUCCGUCAGCCUGUAUGGCAGCCCCCUGGUGCCCAGCACUGAGCCGCCCCUGGACUUUAGCCUCCGCUACUCCCCGGGCAUGGACGCGUACCACUGCCUCAAGUGCCACAAGGUGUUCUCCACCCCACACGGGCUCGAGGUGCACGUCCGCCGCUCCCACAGCGGGACCCGGCCCUUCGCCUGCGACAUCUGCGGCAAAACUUUUGGCCACGCCGUGAGCCUGGAGCAGCACACCCACGUUCACUCCCAGGAGCGCAGCUUCGAGUGCCGGAUGUGCGGCAAAGCCUUCAAGCGCUCGUCCACGCUGUCCACCCACCUGCUCAUCCACUCGGACACGCGGCCCUACCCCUGCCAGUUCUGCGGCAAGCGCUUCCACCAGAAGUCAGACAUGAAGAAGCACACCUACAUCCACACCGGUGAGAAGCCACACAAGUGCCAGGUGUGCGGGAAGGCCUUCAGCCAGAGCUCUAACCUCAUCACCCACAGCCGGAAGCACACGGGCUUCAAGCCCUUCAGCUGUGAGCUGUGCGCCAAGGGCUUCCAGCGCAAGGUGGACCUGCGGCGGCACCGCGAGAGCCAGCACAACCUCAAGUGAGGCCGUGCCUGCUCCCGGCUUCUGGCCAACGUGCCCUGAGAUCCCAUCACCCGGAGGGAGGCCAGCCUCAGGCACCCAGAACCCCAGUCUCCUGGAGGCAGCACUGGACGAGAGUCUUCGAGCUUGUUUUGAGACUCAUGAAAUUGCUGUGUGACCUUGAGCAAAUUGCUUUCCCUCUCUGGACCAACAUUUCUCCUGCUGCAAAGUGUGGGAGCUGGGUUGGGUCUUUUUGGAGCUGACGUUAUCUACAGGUCUAAGAGCUCCGUGCCCUACCCAGGGCAGAGCCCAGAAGGCCAGAGUAGCCCCAGGUGGACAUUGAUGCCAAGAAUAGACCAGAGAUGGGACCCACAGACAUCCUCACCCUGCCUGCUGCCCACCAUGCUGGGAUCUGGUCACCUUGGUUUUAGUGGCCCUCUUUCAGGCUGCCCAGGAUGCUCAGAGCUGCUUCCUGCCCCAGUGGGAGGCCUAGCACCCCUCUGCCUCAGCCAGACGUGCUGCCUGCCCCACUCUGCUGACUGGCACUCAGCUGGCCCCGGGCAUUCCAGUCCUGCUGUCAGACUGUGGGGCUGGAGAAACCAGAAGUUACUGCUGUCGAAAGCCUGUUCCCCUCAACUGCUGUACAUAAAAAUAAACACAGAUUU